AUGACCCACAACUACAAAUUCUACUAUUUUGACGUUCGUGGACGUGGAGAAGUAAUCAGACUUCUUUUCCAUCUCGACAAUGUCAAAUUCGUCGAUGAACGCAUCGGAAUGGAGGAAUGGCCAGCAUUAAAAGCUGAAAUGCCCCUAAAUCAGGUUCCAGUUCUUGACAUCGACGGAGUAAAAAUUGGAGAGACUACAGCUAUUGCUCGUUUCAUUGGACAUCAACUUCGUCGUGCUGGAUCCAAUCCAAUCGAGUGUGCCAAACUCGAUAUGAUUGCUGAGGUCAUUCAAAGUUUCCUUAACAAAAUCGGAAAAUGGCCACCAGCCAUUCUGGGAAUGAUCAAGGAAGAUAAGAACCAAAUUUUCAAGGAUACUGUUAUCCCAGCUAUUGAAACAUUUGCUCCACUUGUCGAAAAGUUUCUUUUGGAAAAUGGAAACAACGGAUUGUUCAGUGGAGACCGCGAAACCUGGGUUGAUGUUUUCGCCGCAGAAAGCUUUGUGAAGAUAAUUGAUUACGGAAGCCCAGAUGCACUUGACGCUUACCCACACAUUUUGUCCUUGAUCAACAGAAUCUUCAACAUUCCGAGCAUCAAGAAAUACGUCGCUUCCCGCAAAGCCACUCCAAUCUAA